CGAGCUGAAAGACCUUAGCUUUGACGCCUACAAAGCCCAAGUCAUGUCUCGAUUCUGCCUUUGUUUUCCCUUUCAUUGUAUUUCACUAGGUAUGCUUCAAGCAGUCCAUUGUUGAGUUUUUUUGUAGAAGACGCCUAUGAACCCAGGACCGCAUCAACAAUGUUGGCGACAACCAGAACCAAAGCCGCCGGUGGCCCAACGUCUGCAAGCGCGACACCCGGGCAUUUUCAACCUAGAUUGCCGCUUGUAAAACGGAUGCUUUGCUGGUUGCAGGCAGCGAUUUUCACCGGCUUGAUGGGCGCUUUGAAGACCUUGAAGCCGGUCGUUGACAAGAUUUUCCCCCAGUCGUUCCACCCGACCUUGAUAAAGAACUAUAAAUCACGGCCAGGGCUUCCGAUUCGGGUCUUCUUCCCCAAGGGUUACGACCACAAAAAUCCACAAGGAAACCCCCUGCCAUGCCUCUUCUCCAUACACGGUGGUGGGUUCGUCGUUGGAAUCCCAGACCUCAACGAUGAUUGGAACCACCACUUCUGCAAUACCCACUCGGCUAUCGUGAUCGCCCUCAACUACCGAAAAGCCCCCAGGCACCCCUUCCCCACCCCGAUCCACGACGUCACAGCCCUCAUCACCACGGUUCUGGACGACCACAAAGACCUGGCUCGCCACAUCGACCCCAACCGCGUCGCCGUCGCCGGCUUCUCCGCCGGCGGCAGUCUCACCCUGGCCGUCGCGCAGCAACCCCAAAUCCGAUCCAGGAUCCAGGCCAUUGUGCCCGUAUACCCAGCGUGCGACUUUGCAACACCGACGGACGUCAAGGUACGGCUGAGAAGAUACAAAGAGGGGCUGAAAGGGUUCAGGGCCCGCAAGAGCGACUUCCUGGUAUACAUGAUGGCCUGCUUCAACUGGAGCUACAUCCCCGUCGGCCAUGAUCUGACAGACCCACUCCUCAGCGGAGAGGUCCUCCCCGCCUCGGCCCUGCCGAAACGUGUGUUUAUAAUCGCGGCCGAGAUGGACCUGCUGGCGCACGGAGCAUGGAGGUUGGCGUGCAGACUGGCCGGCAAGCCGGUACCCGGAUAUGAUCAGGAGGUUGGCCGGCCCGAGCUACAGCCACCACACCGGCUCAACCUUGACGACGAGGCAUACCACUGGCUACAGAAGACAAAAGACGGACGUGAGGUCAGGUGGUUGCUCGCGCCCGAUGCGGUGCAUGCUUUCGACAUGGAGGCCAAGCUUUUGGCACCUUUCGACAAGGUCAUGAAGGCGGAUUGUAGGGCGAAGAGAGAUGAAGAGAUAGAGAUAAUUGGGAAGUGGCUUUGGGGCUAGUACCCGCUUAGCCUCGACCCUGCAUAUGCCGUUAGUCUAAGGGGUGCGCUACUGUGGCUUGGCCUUGCACGCGUGAAGCUUGUGUUGAAAUUUUGGGAAAACCAACAAGAGACUUCAAGUGUACAUUAGAAUGCAAAUGCAAAAUUCUGUCUUUGUAGCUACCUGGAAAAGUGAUUAUCAAUCUUUCUUUUUCGUAAAUAAGCAC